AUGUUUCUAGUCGGGAGCCUCGUUGUCCUCUGUGGGCUGCUGGCCCAGAGCACAGCCCAGCUGGCAGGCCUGCCCAUGCCCCUAACCUAUGACCUGCCCACGUCCACAGGUCAUUGCCGGUCCUUGUAUCUGGGCCAGAGCCUGCCCUAUGGAGUUACUCCAGUUGUGUCCAAGUAUCCUACGGACCAUCUAGCUAGAAACUUCAGACAUGCUUUCAGUCAAGGCCUGCUGUCUGGGGGGCUUCUGGGCUUUCUGGAACACAUGCCGCUCCUGAACUAUGUGAGACCUGUGGGCAGCAAUGCUGGGGGCCUGGUCGGGGCGCUUGGAAAAGUGAUUUCAUCAAUCCCUCUCCUGAACAACAUCCUUGACAUAAGAGUCACUAAUCCCCAGCUGCUGGAAAUCGGUCUUACGCAGAGCUAUGACUUCCACCGCCUCUAUGCCACCAUCCCUCUGGGCUUUGAACUCAGAGUGAACAUACUGGUGGUCGGAAGUCUGCUGGAGCUGGCUGUGAAGCUGGAUGUCACUGCGGGUUAUGCCAUGAGAGACAUGCAUGGGAGGAGCCGUCUGGUCAUCGGUGACUGUGUUCACUCUCCUGGCAGCUUGCGCAUCCACCUGCUUAAUAGACUUGGUCCCCUUCAAAGCCUUAUAGACAGCCUCACAGACAUCUUGACUAAUGUCAUUCCUGGCCUGGUGCAGGGUGUGGUGUGUCCUCUGGUCAAUGGAAUUCUCAGCCUCUUGGAUGUCACCCUGGCACAUGACGUUGCUGACUUGCUGCUUCGUGGAGUGCAAUUUGUCAUUAAGGCCUAA